UAUGUGAUCGUCCCUCUCGAUAAUACGUCUUGGGCCGCAAUCAUUUUUAUAUUCGAAUGACUCGAUAGACUUCGAAAUUUGAAACCCGAAUACCGACUGUUUCAGAAUCUAUCUUUUUGAACGUUUUGAAAGCAUGUAGAGGGAAACACCGAUAUCAACAUCAUCAACGGAGGUCAAAAGUGUGGACCCUCUCCACGUAGCCGUUAUAACCUUUGUAUCUUGCAACGGCUACAACACUCAUUGUAUAUAGCAUUUCAAAUCCUUCACUUUCUUCAAGACUCCAUAGCCAAAAACUCACCUUGGAAGAUGACUUCCUCUAAGCUCAGAAGAUCCUUUUCCUUCCCGAAUCUCCUUCUUUCCUUCUUAAACUUCAUUCUCUUCACCCUCUCUGCCGCCUCAGUUGCUCCCAUUAUCGUCCUUAAAUGGCCACCGACGUCGCUCGGUUUCGCUUUCCUCAUGGUCUCCUCCAUUUCCCUUCUCUCCUCCUUUGUAGGUUUCUACUCUCAAUUAACACGGUUCUGCUUCAUAACCCACGUUUCUCUUCUCGUUGCCUCGUUGAUCGGCCAAGUUCUCGGCAUACUGUCAUUGUUCACCAGAGAGAGAUCGAGCAUAUCGAUGCUGAAAACCACGGUGGACGUUAAAGAAGCGAAGCUGUUGGUGAGAGUGGAGUGCGGGGUUUUCAUGGCGAUGCUGGUGACGCAGUUGCUGGUUUUGGCGCUGACCUGCGCGGUGCAUCAUUGGUGGGUGAGGGAAUACGAAGGGUUAGAAGCCGAGAGAGAGUCGACCGCGAAGAAACGGAGCAGGAGGUUGCAGAGAGUGCAAGAGGAAUCGAUGGCGAAUGCGGCGAGGAUCGCCGAGUUUAAAGCAAAGGAGUUCGACGAGAAGAUGAAGAGCAACUAUUGCCAGUGGGUGAAAACUGAUUUUGAAGGCUGAG